GUGGAUAUCACGUAACAACAAGCAACAUGUCACACUCCACCGCAGAAGCGUCCAGCUCCGCUGCAAAUGACACAAACAGCGGCAGUUCAUCCCCUGAAAACUCAGCGCCCUCACCCACAACCCUUUGCGGCAACUGCAACAAAGCAGAGACGUCCGAAGACGCAGAGUCGCCCAUCUUGAAGCCAUGUACAAUGUGCAAAAGCGUGUCGUAUUGCUCGCGAGAUUGCAAAAAAGCCCAUGCCAAGCAACACAAGAAAGUCUGCGCAAGUCUGGCACAAGAGUACUCCAAGACUGCGCCCGUCAAGCUGGCUUCGAGAGCUGCCCCGAAGUCUGACACGUUUCGUGGUGGAUUGCAGAAGUGGCAGUUCGAUACUUAAGGAGCGGCAGGGGUAAGGCUUUGACCGGAUGACCGCCUGGAAGGUGGCUAUACGGUCUGCUAUUUGGCGAGGCUUGGGCUCGGCGCAGUGAAGAGAUCGACCUCAUAGCAGGUGGACUGCCAGCAGCGAGACACGUACCGGGAAAUUCUCCAAUGCGAAUGUGGAUGGCCCGAAUAGACAUUGUUGUGUUACCAUGACGCUCGCCACCCCAUCCUGCCCUGUGGUGACAGAACAUACAUCCCAGAGGACAUUCGACUCUCCCGUGCAGUCACUUCUGACGACGAAUGUAUGGCCAUCACUCUUCUCCCGCCGCAUCCUUUACUCGAUAGUCCUUUGCACUCCAGCUACAGCAUCUCGCGACAAGACUUGCGCAAUCACAACCACAUCGCCAAUCGAGGGCGUCUGUUCAAAGGCGAGGAGAGCAGCUGAUCAACGUAAUUGUUCAGACUCGGAAGUUUUUUGAUCAAGCCUUGGCCCAUUGGGCACUCAUGGCCGUGAUAGACAUGGUUACAUUAGUCAGGGUGUAUCACGCAGCGAUUACUACAUGUACCUAGGUAGCUAUCAC